CUGAGCUCGGCGCGCGGCUUGAGCUCGGGCGUGGCUCUCCGCCCUGCCAAGGCCGCGUACUGCGACACUCCCGGUCACGAGCGCAGUUUGGGGCACUGGCAGCAUGGAGCUGAAGAGAGGGAAGACCUUCAUCAAAUCCAGCCUGCAGAUUUCCCAUGAGAAACCCACAGAUCCAUCAGCCACCACUCUGGCCAGGGAGGAUACAAGUCCCUGGUCAGUCUCACCAGGAGGGCAACAGCAGUCCUACUGUGAAAGGACCCCACAGGUUAGUCCCAGCACCCAAGGAUAUGACAGAUGUUCCAACAAUGGGGCAGAGCUGGAACCCCAGGUGGGGGCUGCAGCCUUCUGUGGGGCCACCUUCAAACUUGUACGAAAGAGCAAGACUCACGACUGUGUGCCUGAGGCUGGCAGGGCAAGCACAGCCACAGGGCAGCUGGUGGGCAGUGCAAGCUUCCCAGGGCCCCCCGGCAGCCAGCGCAUGAUUGAUUACCGCCACUUUGUGCCCCAGAUGCCCUUUGUGCCAGCUGUGGCCAAGAGCAUCCCAAGGAAGAGGAUCUCCCUGAAACGACCUAAGAAGUGCUUUCGGAACCUAUUCCACAUUCGCAGAAACAAGACUGAGAACUUGGGCUCACUGGUGACCAAGGGUGAGAGCCUGUCUUCCCUUGGGGAGCCAUCAGAGGAUGGUGGGCAGCCAGGCAAAGCUUUCUUCCCCUUAGGUGAGGGACUGGGGCCAGACAGCCUGUGCCAGGACCUAUCUGACAGUGAGCUCCUGCCUGACUCUUCCUUUGACCUCUGCAGGGCCUUGUGUGAGGAUGUGGCCUCUCUCAAGAGCUUUGACUCCCUCACAGGUUGUGGGGAGAUCUUUGCAGAUGAAAACUCAGUGCCAUCACUGGAACUGAAUGAGGGCCCAGAGAGCCCAGCCCAGGUAUCCCAGAUCCUUGAAAGCAAGGUUCUUAGGGGCCCUUCCCAGGGCAGUGUGGAACAGAUGGCAUCACCUGCCCAAAAUGAGAUGUCUGACUUUGCCAAGUUCUGGGACAGUGUGAAUCACUCUGUGAGGCAGCAGCACCGUGCCCUACUAGGGCCAUGGCUGGGGGGUCCCCAGGGGACAGACACAGACCGUCCCAGGCUAGAUGCAGCUGGGCUUGCUGAGCUACCCCUGUGUCCCUGCAGGGACCCCCACAGUGGCUCCAAAGCUAGCUCCAUAGACACAGGUACCCCUAAGAGCGAACAGCCGGAAUCCGUGUCCACAAGUGAUGAGGGCUACUAUGACUCCUUCUCACCUGGCCUUGAGGAGGACAAGAAGGAGGCUUCAAGCUCAGGCACACCUGCAGCUGCCUUCCCCCGGGAUAGUUACAGUGGAGACGCCCUCUAUGAGCUUUUCUAUGACCCCAGCGAGGGCCCUGUAGGCCCAAGCCUGGAUGAUGACUUAUGUGUGUCUGAGAGUCUGUCAGGGCCAGCACUAGGAGCACCACUGUCCAUGUGCAGCUUCCACGUGGGGGCAGAGGAGAACUUGGCCCCAGCACCAGGGCCAGAUCUGCUCAGCCAGGGCUUUUUGCAAAGCUCUUGGAAGGGCAAGGAGUGCCUGCUAAAGCUCUGUGACACCGAGCUUGCCAUCACCAUGGGCAUUAUCAACUGGCUUCGCCGUGGCCCUGAACGCCGUACCCCACCCGCCUCAGCUCCUGGAGAAACUGCAACCUCACCCAGGAGACAAGCAGAGAAUCUGGGAGCUGGCUCUGAGGAAAAGGGCCCAGAUCCUUUGAAACUGGAGGGCAGGGGGCCUGGGGCUUCAGAUGCAGGUAGAACUACUGUGGGCUCAGCACCCAGCAGACGGGAACUGUGGGCACAUUCUCAUCCCAAGGGCCUGCUUGCUGAAGAGAGUAAGAUCACAGGAGGGUCCAAGCAGGGAACCAGCACUCUGCCUAGGGACUCAUCUCUGGAGUGUGCACAAGUGUCUGGGGAAGGAGGGACACAAGGCUGUCAUGAAGGCUUGUUUUCUUCUUUGGGGUGUGAAGCCUCUGCAACAACAGACACUUCCAGCAAAAAUAAGAUCCCAAACCCUUGGCCUGGCUUCCAAGAGCCCAGACCUCCUGGGAAUUUGGAGUGUUUCCAAGAUCCUUGGAGGCCAGAUCCUGGCAGAACCAUUCUUGAUGUAGAACCCCCCCUGAUAGGCUGUGUGGCCCAGGUGGCAGCUUUGCACAUCCACCCAGACUGCCAACCCCCUACUAUACACCUGCCAAGGCAGGACACAAACAAUGGGCUCUGCAGGCAGCCUCAGGCCAGGGGCCCUGAUAUUCUCCAGCAAAAACAGCCUAACAAAUUCCCUAGCAUGCCAGUUGUGUGUGGCCUGCCCUCCCUGGCUAAUCCUCUCCACAGCCCACAGGACCAGAGGUGCACAGGUCACAUCCUGGACCUUAGCCGACUCAGGGUGGAGCCCACCAGGAUGGAUGCCCAGGCUAAUCUUGUCUCUAUGGAUGACCAGCCCCUUCAGCUCAGUUCAAGGGCUGUGGAACAGGAAGCACCUAGGGGCCAGCUGGAUUCAUAGCCCCUCUUGGUCCUACUACCCAGCUGAACCCCCGGGGUCAACUCCCAGGAUUCCUGGACCUCACUUCUAAUAUCCAGUAUAAGCGAGCCCCCUUUGCAAGUGCCCCCAGAAAGUUGUUAUAGUUUCCUGGCCCAUGAGGGCCUCCUCUGCAACCAGCUGGAAGAAGGGCCCCCAGACCAGCCAUGGCUGAGCCCCACCUAUAGCAUGGGCCCUCACUCACCAGAAACUGUGUCUUUGGGGCCACAUUCAAGAGAACCUAACAUCCAAACCUCCAGCCUCUGUCCCUAAUGUUAGGACUGUGGGGGAGUGGGGGUAGCAGCACACAGGCAAGUGGAGCAGAGCAUUUUAAUGUGGAGGCAUCCAUGCCUGAACCAGUUCAGCCAGACCAGGUACUGGGCAGCCCAAGGCCAAGGACAGCUGCACAGCUGCCAUUGCUCUGAAAGUGUGCCUCACUGAUUUCCCCACAAAGAAAUGAAGAUUCGAAUCCCAGUUGGCUGUAAAGUGGCCACAUCUGGAUUCUCCUCAUAUAGCAUGUUAGAGAGAGGAGCUCAGGCUUGAAACUGAUGGGAAGAUAACAGUACAUCUUAUAAAUGGCAAUUGAGGGAGUCAAGAUGUCUGCCUAGGGGUUGAGAAAAAUAAAUGUGUGGCCUAGGGCUUAGAGGUGGAAUGCAGAGUGGGAAAGAGGCAGGAUGGGGCACUGUAGAUGAGGUCAGGAAUGUUAACUGACCCCACACCAGUCUGCUCUCUACCUCCAGAACAAAUAACCACAGUGUACUGGGGUUCUGAAGGACUUCUCAUGGGAAUAAGAAGCAGGAACAGCCUCAUCUCAUUAAAAACCUUGAAUCAGACAACAUGUGUUACUGUGCAACUCUGUCAGGGCUAGACCCUGCAGACCUAGUCAAUAGGAGUUGGUGAAUUCUCUGUCACAAAUAAGACCAAUAAUUUUCCCUGACUUCUCUAAAUGAAGCCAAGGAUAGCAAAAUGUUCUUAGGGAAGAAGCUGAUUGAUUGUCCACAACUCUGCCAUUUUCACCCCUUCACACUGUCAGCAUCUUUGCCUCCCCCUUCAGGAAAACUUACCUCGAAAUGGAGCUGUAAUUCUCAUCCUUCUGAAAGCCGCAACAACAUACACAGUACCAAAUAUUCAGAAUCAUGGAGGGAAAAGGAGGCCCUCAUCCUCAGGAAGGGCAAGUGUCAGAACAUCAGGUACAGUGACAGACCAUGCAUCAAGUUUGUCCAUGAUUAGAUCCUACCUCAACCAUCAUGCUGCAGUGAGAAGCAAAGGAUGGGAUACCACAGAUAUGAAACAGUUUCUGGAAGAAAGGUCAUCAUAGAAAGGGGUAGGUCAGGUGGUGGGGGAGAAAUUCCAACCAGAAGGAUGCAGUCUCACAGCUGACCACAUUCUGGUGCCUCUCCUGAUUGUCUGAGGCUUCAUUUCAGACUAGAAAAUGCUCUGUAGCCCUUGUUAACAACUGCUUACAGGGGCCUACUUUUUGCUCCUAUAGGCUUCUGACCAGGCCCAUCCCUGGGACAUUUCCAGUCUUCUUGGAAAACCACACAUGAUUCCCUCUCCCAGGACUUCCACAAAUGGUUAGGAUUAUUGAGAUGUGCUGGGAGCAGGUUACACAUGGAAUAGUUUACCUCAUCCCUGCAUCAGCCUGAAUGCAGCUGUCUUCAUUUCUCAGAUGUGGAGACCAAGGCACGGAGUGCUGAUGUGACUUGCCAAUGAACAUCCUCAGUUAGUGUGUGGGUUGGUAGGGUUUGAGUCCCACCCUUUGGCUAGAACUUCUCUUGCUGAACUCCUGCAGUGAACUCCUCUUUCAAAGCCUUCACUCCUCCCUUCUCCCACAGCACCCUCUAGGAGCCAGCUGCAUGUCUCCCUGUAAGCAGCCUGAGUUCCUGGGGACAGAGGGCAUCCUUCAUUCAAUCAUGGUCCUUAUCACUUUGUACUACACCUGAGCAGAGCAAGUGUUCAUUACAUAUUUACUUGUUGAAAAAUGAAAUAUCAAAAGAUUGCUAGUGGUUUUGUUUUCUUAUUGAACAUGAACCUAUGUCUGAAGAGUAGCAGAGUAAAGAUUUUACUUUUAGGAGUUCUGAGGGAGUGUUUCCUUGAUGUGACGUGGUGACUGGUGGUGAUGGGGAGAAUCCAGCCAGUGCCAAGAGUGCUGAUAAAAGCAGAAACCAAGGAGUUCCGGGACCCAGAGGUUAUGGUGGGGGUGGUCUGCAGUGACCCAGCAGCAGAGCAGCAGAGAAAAGGAACUGAGGCCAUGCCUACCUGAGAGGGACAAUCAGCCCAGUGGCUAUCACUCUGGGAAGCCUCUUAAGUAAUCCUGACACCCUAGAAAUUUUCAUUUUCUGCAAUGUGGUGGGAGAUCAUAGCAGUGGCCUGCAAGAUACCUUGCUGAGAGAACAGAGGAGGGCCUUCCCUUCCUCUUAUGUCCAGUGGUUCUGAGGAAGCCUCGGACUAUCUCUUGCCACAUCCCAACUCUUGGGUUGCCCUCCCCUGCAAGAGGGGCACAGGCAGUGCCAGUCUAAUGGGGCUCUGCAGGCCUCAAGUAUGUUCUCCAGGUUGACCCACUGAGAGGAAAGAAUAGAACUGUUGGCCCAUCCCCUAGGAUAAGUACUUAGUCCAGUGUUGGGAGUAGCAGAAGGCUGUGGGGCAUUUUCAGAAUUCUGGUCAUUUCUAAUCCUCUUAUUCAUACAUGGCUGUAAAAGUUAUGGGAGGUUGUUUCUCCCAUAUAAAGUAAAAUCCUAGCUCAUAGAGUCCCACAGAGUUGGAGUGACUCCCCAGGGUCAUACCAUGAAAAGCAGAGGACUGAGGUACACCCUGGGGCCUGGGCACUGUGCCUUUCAACCUUCCAGCCUUCCAAGGUUGCACUGGAUACUGGGAGGUGCUGGGAAGGGGCCAGGCAGUCUCCCAGCCUGCCUUAAUGGUGAGGGUGGCCUGGGGUACACCAGAAAGCCUGGAUCAAGAGAUCAAGAGGGAGGUGCUGAAAAGGGGUAAUUAUAGGCCAGCACAUGCUGAGGGGGACCCAGUGAAUUAUAUCAGUCUUACCUUUCCUGGUUUCUUAUUUUAUUUUGCUUUACAUUUUAUGGAAUGGGGUAAAUACAGGAUACAAACUCAAAAGACACAGAAAACAAUAAAAGGUCAGUCUCCUUCCUUCUUUUAUCUUUCUGUUUUUUUGAUUACAAAACUAAUUCUCAUUUACUACAACCAACCCAAACUAUGUAAAGUGCUGAGUCUACUUCCCUGACUUUAUUGAACAAUAGAAGUGUCCUCAGACCCUUUUUAUAUCCAUGACAUAAAUACACAUGAACUUUCAUCUUUUUCACUGCAUAGCAUAUCACAGACAUCUUUUUUUAUUUAGAAUCAAUUAACAUAUAUUGUAUCAUUAGUUUCAGAGGUAGAGUUUAGUGACUCAUCAGUUGUGCAUAACACCCACUACUCAUCCCCAGUUACCCCAUUCUCCCACAUACCUCCCCUCCAGCAAUUCUCAGCUUGUUCUUUAUAUUUAAGUCUCUCUUA